AUGAACAAGUUCGCGUCCGUGUUGGUGUUGGCCGCCAUCUGUCUGGCGGGCGUGUCGGCCCAGUGCCCGCGCAUUGUGACGCGCGCCCAGUGGGGAGCGCGCGGUGCCAGCACCUCCCAGCUGCCGAUCCGUCCGGCACCGUGGGUCGUGAUGCACCAUACGGCCGGUGCGCACUGCACCACGGAUGCGGCCUGCGCCCAGCAGAUGCGCAACAUCCAGUCGUUCCACAUGGACGGCAACGGUUGGGCGGACAUCGGCUACAACUUCCUGGUCGGCGAGAACGGUGCGGCGUACGAGGGCCGCGGCUGGGGUCGUCAGGGGGCGCACGCACCCGGCUACAACGAUCGCUCGGUCGGCAUGGGUGUGAUGGGCACGUUCACCAACGGCAUCCCGAAUGCGGCCGCCCGCAAUGCCGCCCAGCAGCUGAUCAGCUGCGGCGUCUCGCUCGGCCAUAUCGCCUCCAACUACUGGCUGAUCGGACACCGACAGGCCGUCGCUACCGCCUGCCCCGGUAACGCCUUCUUCAACGAGAUCCGCAACUGGGCCCGCUUCAACCCGAACGUCUAA